CAUCAGCAGUCACGGCAAAGGGAAGCAAACUUAAACUUGGGAUGACUGUGAGGGUUUUAUUGGCAAGUUUGCUCAGAAUAUGUAAAGUUAAUAAAGUUUUCUACCAAAACUUUGUGCACACGUGCGUGAAACGUGUGAACAAACCGCUGGGAUUAUGAUUGUUUCUUCUUUUUCUUUUUCUUUUUUUCAAUCUGUCAUCUUCAGUACUUCGUGUAAGAUGACACCCCACUGUUGCAGGCGUGUACAGGAGAGUUUGUUUUAACUCCCUCUGUUACACUGUUGUGCAUUUACAUGUGAGGAACCGGAGGCGCGUUCAACAUCUGGCCGUGACUGUGUGUGAAUGAAUGAGAGGAAAGUAAAGACGGGAGUAAAGACACUGUGAGUAAAAGAGAAACUUCUGCAGAAUCUAGCUGAAGUUACUAUUUGGUCCUUCAAAGACAACCGGAGCUGAAGUAUGAACACUGAAGUGGAAGUGAUGAACAUCAGUGUUGAAAGUCCCCUGACAGGGUUGGGGAUGAAUUGUGUUCUUGGCCAAAAGUACAGACACUCUGGUCCAGGCCUCACCAGUCCUCAGGAGUACAACCAGUGGCUUCCCUACCGCCAUGACGCCAGCCUGCUGCCCAUGAAAGAAGACCUGGCUUUCUGGCUCAACACCCUCUUGGGUGAGGACCUCACAGCUGAUAGUCUGAUGGAGAGGUUGGAUAACGGCGUUCUCCUCUGCCAGCUGGCACAGCUGCUCCAGGAGAAGAUGAUCCACGUCAACAACGGCAAGCCCUUCAUAAGAAGAGUUAUCCAGUGGCGAGCUGAUGCAACUUCUGGAUCAUUUUUCGCCAGAGACAACACUGCCAACUUUCUCUACUGGUGUCGAAAGAUUGGCGUUGAUGAGGCUUACCUUUUUGAGUCAGAGGAUUUGGUCCUCCACAAGCAACCUCGGGAGGUGUGCCUUUGCCUGAUGGACCUGGGGCGGAUUGCAGCCAGGUAUGGAGUGGAGCCUCCAGGGCUAGUGAAGUUGGAGAGAGAAAUAGAAAGGGAGGAGGCAGGGUGCUUAUCUCCAUCAUCCCCCCUACCCCUCUCUUUUUUUGCUCUUCCGUCGCUGUGUUCACCAUCACAAUCAUUCCUGCCUCCGGCCCCCUCUCCUCCUCCACCUCCUCCUCCUCCUCCUCCUCCUCCACCAGCACCCCUCACUCCAAGCACAACCUGUCUGUCUGAACCCCUUACUGCCUCCCUCGCCUCUGAUCUUCCAUCAGCCACAACAAACCCAGUGCCUACAUGUUUAUCCCCUCCCCAGCCCUCCCUCUCAGCCUCUAACUCCUGCACAACCACAACGUCAACACAAACACCUUUGUUUUCUUCAUCCUGCACCACUAACACAUCUGCAUCAACUCCACUGUCAGCACCUUCCACUCCCAAAGUCUCCUCCACCACAUUAACCAACCACACUCCCAAAGCUACACCUCCCACCCCCUCUCAACCUGCAGCUCUGACCCGUCACUCCAGCAAAUCCACAAGACGAAAGAGCACAGGCACCAACAGCAUUUUGGAUGAUAUUGUGAGAAACAUUAUUGAAAAUCCACCUUGCAGCUGUCCCACCAGAUUCCCCGUCGAAAAGCAGCCUAAAGGCUGUUACCGUGUCGGUGAUAAAGUUCUGUAUAUACGGAUGCUGAAUGAGCGUCACGUGAUGGUUCGCGUAGGUGGAGGCUGGGAGACCUUCAUAAGUUACCUGCAGAAACAUGACCCCUGCAGAGGACCAGUUGGCAGGUCUGAGGUCAGGGUCUGUCGAGACAAAGCGAAGCCGCCCAGUUUGAACAUCUCACCUGACAGCUACAUGGUGGUCGGCGCCCAUUACCGUGGCAAGAAGUAGACUCACUUUUGUUUCUGGCUCUGGGCAGCAGCAGUGAACACUCACUCAAUUAAACUAAACUAUACAAGGUCACUGAUUUAACAUGUACUUCAAAUCCAUUUUAUCUCAAGUUUAAGAGCAAAUCAGAUUUUUUUUUAUUUAAAAGCUGAGAUAUCACUCUGGAUAUUACCUGCCUGCUGCCUGAACGAAUCAUACAACAACCUGUCAGUGAAGCUAUAGAUUACAGUUUUGUGUAGUACACAAUCAUGUCUUUUGAGUUAAAUUAUACUAUUUCAUUUGUCCUCUUAUAGUAGUGUUAGUAAAGAUAGGUCUAUGUGUUCAUGUAUCACAGUAGUUUGAAUUUGCAUGUUUGAGCUUUUGUAUUUUGAAUGAUCAAGUCUUAUAGUGGCAAACUGAGUAGUGCUGUUUUAAAGAUUUUACAUGUAUGCAGUAAUGUUUCUUUAUUUUACUGGAUAAAAUCUGUUUGGAUUUCUGUUUAAAAUAAAGUUUAUUGUUUCAACAAA